AAACCGAAAAGUCACAACAAAUAUACCCAAGCAUGGAAACUGUUGACAUGAAUGAAUACAGUUCCAAUAUGGCCAAUUUUAAGCGUAUUCAAAGUGAAUUGUUUGGUCAGAAGAAAGGAAAUGAUAUCUACAAAGCUCAACUUAAGUCAUAUAUGAAAACCAUUGAAUUAUUGGAACAGGAUGUUGCAGAAUACAAAGCAAACAAUGAUCAGGACUUCUCACAGAUUAUUGCAUCACAAAAACGGAUUGAUGAUCUACAGUCUGAAAACAACGAAUUUUCUAAAUUGAUCAAAGAUCUUACCCGCAAACUAGAGGAUCAACAUCAACAAAUAUGUGCGUAUCAGGAUAAAAUCAAGAAUUAUGUGAAUAUGUUGCCCAAUACAGUUUACACCUCUGGAUAUAUGGAGUUUCUUGGAAUGCGCAAUCAAUUUCAAAAUGACUACUUCGCCACAAUGUAAAUCUAAGUCAGAUGUACCACCAGAGGAGAAUUCGAUCAGCAGAUAUUAGUGCUAAAUAAUGUAGGAAUCUAAAAAUUCUCCUCUUGAUGACACCACACAAUCUAUAUCUGCCAUAUUACAAUGAUAUGAUGCCGCCUUUUGAUGUGCAAUAAUUUUGCCCAUCUGA